UUAACCCUACAUAAUUAUUGUAACUUUAUACGACGAUAGUACUAUAAACAUUGCGUUCUAGUUUUACAUUGAGUUUUCAGCGGGCACUACUGUGUGUGACACCACGAUUACUUCCUGCACGGUCUGUGCAAGAUCACUGGCAAAUGAAGGGGGCGGUCAAACCGAACGAGCGUAGGGAGCAAGCACUUGAACUACCGGUGAAUUCGUGUGGCCAGCAGGUUGUGGACAUGGCUAGCUUGCGAGCUGUACCCUUGAAUACAGUUUUCAGUAAGUCAGGAAAACCUCCCUAUCUCGCCUGUGCGUUUGCAGCGUCUGCUUUGUGUAAUCGAAGACAGACAUACAGCACGAAAGGUAAAGAUGAGAUAGCAGAUACCCUGCACAGGAGCAUCGUCCCGACCAUGCACUACCAGAAGAGCUUGCCCAGGUUGCCUAUUCCAAAGCUGGAAGACACGAUCAGGCGAUACCUUGCAGCUCAGAGACCGCUCCUGGAUGAUGAACAGUACAGCAAGACUGAGCAGCUGGCCCAGAGUUUACAGAGCGGCGCUGCCAAGGAGCUCCACGAAGAACUGGUCUCUCAGGACAAGAAGAACAAGCACACCAGUUACAUAUCCGGUCCUUGGUUCGACAUGUAUCUGUCAGCCCGCGAGUCAGUGGUGCUGAACUUUAACCCCUUCAUGUCCUUCAACCCUGACCCUAAGCCUGAGUACAACGAGCAGCUGUUGCGAGCCACUAACAUGGUGGUGUCGGCGGUGCGCUUCAUGAAGACGCUGCGCAGCGGCCUGCUGGAGCCCGAGGUCUUCCACCUGAACCCGGCUAAGAGCGACACCGACGGCUUCAAGAGGCUCAUCCGCUACGUGCCGGCAUCCCUGUCCUGGUAUGGGGCCUACAUGGUCAACGCCUACCCCCUGGACAUGUCUCAGUAUUACCGGCUCUUCAACUCCUCCCGCAUCCCCAAACAGGGCUGCGACCAGCUCUUCACAGACCAGAGGGCCAGGCACCUGCUGGUCAUGCGGAAGGGUCACUUGUAUGUCUUUGAUGUCCUGGACCAAGACGGGAAUUUAGUGAAGCCAGCAAAGAUCCAAGCCCACCUGAAGUUCAUCCUCUCUGACCCCACCCCGGCCCCGGCUUUCCCCCUGGGCUUGCUGACCAGCGAGGACCGCAACGUCUGGGCUGGGCUCAGGCAGAAGCUCUUGGAUGCUGGCAACCAGGAGGCCCUGAGGAAAGUGGAUAGCGCCCUCUUCUGCCUGUGCUUGGAUGAUGAAACCAUGAAGGACCAUAUCCACACCUCGCACAACAUGCUGCAUGGCGAUGGGCAGAACCGCUGGUUCGACAAAUCAUUCAGCGUCAUCCUGGCACGCGACGGGACGGCCGCCAUCAAUUUCGAGCAUUCCUGGGGGGACGGCGUGGCGGUUCUGCGCUUCCAGAAUGAGGUUUUCAAGGACACCACCGAGCGGCCAGCGGUCAACCCAAACUCCCAUCCGGCAGCGGACGCCGAUUCUUCAUCCGCAGUCCAGAGACUCGACUUCCGUCUGGAUGCGGCUCUCCGGGAUGGGGUCAACACGGCCAAGGAGCACUUCCAGACGGCCGUCUCCAAGCUGACGAUUGCCGCCAUGGAGUUUCAGAAAGGGGGCAAGGAGACUCUGAAGAAGAAGAAGGUGAGCCCAGAUGCCGUGGCCCAGCUGGCCUUCCAGAUGGGCUUUCUGCGACAGUACGGCCAGACAGUGGCCUCCUACGAGUCCUGCAGCACGGCCGCCUUCAAGCACGGCCGCACCGAGACGAUCCGGCCGGCGUCCAUCCAUACCAAGCGAUGCAGCCACGCCUUCGUCCGGGAGCCGGGCAAGCACAGCGUGGACGAACUGCGCAAGAUGGUGGAGGAGUGCUCCAAAUACCACGGGCAGCUGACCAGGGAGGCCGCCAUGGGCCAAGGGUUUGACCGGCACCUGUUUGCAAUGCGCUACUUGGCCAACUCCAAGGGUCAGGCCCUGCCUGCUUUUUACCAGGACCCGGCUUACGCAGCCAUCAACCACAACAUCCUGUCCACCAGCACACUGACCAGCCCCGCGGUCAACCUGGGCGGCUUCGCUCCGGUGGUCCCUGACGGCUUCGGGGUGGGCUACGGCGUACAUGACCACUGGAUCGGCUGCAACGUCUCCAGCUACCCGUCCCGCAAUGUGCACGAGUUCCUGCAGUGCGUGCACAAGUCCCUGGAGGACAUCUUCACUGUGCUGGAGGGGAAGCCCAUCGGCAGCUAGAUCCACUGCCUGAGAGCUGUGAACACAUGCCGGCACAGGGAUGGGAAUAAGACUCCUAUUUCAUAGCUGUUUCACCCAUUCCAGGUUUUAUUACCAGCUUGAUUAGCCAGUGUGUUAUUAAUAAACUCAUAGUAAAACCAGGAAUGGAUCAAACUGCUGUGCAAUCUUAUUUCCAUCACUGCUUCAUCAGGAGUGCUCUGAUUCUGUAAGGAUACAGAAAUGCAUGUUGGGGGUUCUGUAACUGCAAAUGGUUAUUAGUCAGGCAAUAGGUUCAGUGUGCUUUUAAAAAAAUAUGGCUAUCAUUUAUUUUUCUUCUAUAAUAAUAAUAAAUACAGGUAUUUUCUCAACAGAAAAGGUGUUAGCUGCAGUCAUAAUUUAACACAAGGUGAGCCUCAAGAUCAGUGGUACUCAUUUGUGGCUCUUUCAGUCUACUAAAGAGAUACUGCUAGUUUACAUUACAUUACUUUUGAAGUACUGUAAACUGUGAAAUGAAUGUAAUUUAACUCUGUAUAUGCAUUACCUCUUAGCAAUAUGAGACAGGCGUGUUUUUAAACUGUGCCUUAAUAAACAGAAUAAAAAGAAACGUA